CCCCACGCCGUCGCCCGCCAACUGCUCGGCGGAAUGCUGCACGCGCCGCCGCCGCUGGAGGCGGCCGGGUCGCCCGUCGCGCAUAACCGCUGCCUCCUCCGCGACCUCGGCGGCCAUGGCGCGGUGCUGGCCGACCCCUCCGCGCUCUACGACGCCGACGCGGCCACCACCCGGUUCCUCCUCGAGAGGAUUCUGCGGGAGAGCGGCACCGCGCGCCGCCUCCUGACUUCCUCGUCCUCUCCGGGGUCCUCGUCGACGGACGCAGUGGACACCGACUCGAAGGAGCCCGAGGACCCGGAUUCCGCCCCUGGCCUCCUUCCUGUCUCAGGCACGAAGGAUCGCGCCGACCGCGCCUCCGCAGCUAGCGGUCCAGGCACUUCGCCCGCCACCGCUCUCAACCAGCCCCUCGAAUCAACGGAGCAAGUCCCCGCCAGCCGCCUGUCUGCUCUUCUCGGGCCGAAUGGUCGCGUCCUGAUCGUGGCCAAUCGUCUCCCCGUCACGGCCAAGCGCCACCCGGUUAAGAAGUGGGAAUAUCCAAGCAGCUCUGGCGGUCUCGUCAGCGCCCUGCAAGGUCUUAAAGAUGUGCAGAUGAUGUGGGUCGGCUGGCCUGGCGUCAGCGUCCCCAAUGAGACCGGUCAAACAGUAAUCACCGAGGAACUAUUCAAGCGGAGGUGUGUACCUGUGUUCCUGGAUGAGGAGUUGAUGGACCAGUACUACAGCGGGUAUUGCAACAAAAUUCUCUGGCCACUCUUCCAUUACUUGGGGCUCCCGCAAGAGUACAAGAUCAAUAAGGAAAAAGACAUCAAGUCGCAGUUCGAAGCGUAUACUCAAGCAAAUCAGAUGUUCGCAGAGACAGUGUGCAAAAUUUAUAAGGAAGGAGAUAUCAUAUGGUGCCAUGACUACCAUCUGAUGUGCCUUCCCAAGUUGCUGAAGCAGUAUAAUAUCAACAUGAAGGUAGGCUGGUUCCUGCACACGCCAUUUCCCUCAUCCGAGAUGUACCGGGCACUGCCAAACCGUGCGGAGUUGUUGGAGGCGGUGCUUAAAGCUGACUUAGUGGGGUUUCAUGCGUAUGAUUAUGCAAGGCAUUUUGUGAGUGCUUGCAUUAGCCUGCUUGGGCUUGAGGGUUGCCUUGAUGGCAUUCAGUUUGACGGAAGGAUUGUCAAGGUGGAUGCUUUUCCAAUUGGGAUAGACGCUCAGCGUUUUACAAAAGCAUUGGAGGGUCCCAAAGUGAAAGAGAAAAUUACCGAAUUCAAGAAACUUUUUGCUGGCCGAAAGAUUGCAGUGCCAACCAGAAGUGACGUACCCGAAUAUCGGAAGCUAGCAAGUCAAGUGCAUGAACUGGUUGCACGUGUAAAUGGUCGAUUCGGAACACUGAAAGCAACUCCUAUUCUACACCUGGAUCAAACCGUCGAUUUUGAUUCAUUGUGUGCUCUUUAUGCAAUCACUGAUGUAGCUCUGAUAACAUCACUGAGAGAUGGAAUGAAUCUUGUAAGCUAUGAAUACGUUGCCUGUCAAGAAUCAAAUAAAGGUGUUCUGAUACUGAGUGAGUUUGCAGGGGCAGCGCAAUCUCUUGGGGCUGGUGCUAUUAUUGUAAACCCAUGGGAUAUCGUGGAAGUAGCAGACGCAAUAAAACGUGCUUUGGAUAUGCCAACUGAAGAAAGGGAGAAGAACCACAGGCAUAAUUAUGAACUUGUGUCAAGACACACCGCACAAGACUGGGCCGAAAACUAUGUCUGCGACCUACAUAAUGCAACUAGUAAAGCUCCGCUACCAGCAAUACACACUGCCGUGCUCCCUAUUGGAGAAGCAGCUGCACAAUAUGGACAAUCCAACAAUCGUUUGCUCAUAUUGGGUUUCAAUGCAACAUUGACUGGUCAGAUCCAAUUUGUAGAGGGAAGGACUGACAUUGAACUCAAGUUGAACCCUGAGUUAAAGCAACCACUGAAAACACUUUGUGAUAAUGAGAAUACAACUGUCGUUGUUGUCAGUGGAUAUGGCAGAAGUAUUCUUGAUGAAAAUUUUGCAGACUAUAAAUUGUGGUUAGCGGCAGAGAAUGGGAUGUUCUUAAGGCAACCUGGUGAAGAAUGGAUAACCAUGAGAUAUGAACAGGAGGAAAUCAGUUGGGCUGGCAGUGUAAAGAAAGUGUUUGAGUACUUCACCCAAAGAACCCCGAGGUCUAAUUUUGAACAGCGUGAAACAUCACUUGUUUGGAACUAUAAGUAUGCAGAUGUUCAGUUUGGGAGAAAUCAAGCGACAGAUCUGCUGCAGCAUUUGGGGGCAUAUUCAUUAUCAAAUCAAAGCUCUGUUAUCGUUCAAGGCAGUCGGUCAAUUGAAGUUCGUCCUACGGGAGUCACCAAGGGUAAAGCCGUUGAUGAAAUUAUUCGCGAGUUAGAUCUCAGAAAUACCAUGGCUACUCCAAUCGACUAUGUCUUGUGCAUUGGUCAUUUCCUUGCAAAGGAUGAGGAUAUCUAUACCUUACCCAGCUUUGAUGUUCAACCUGGAGCAAAAAGAAAGGGGAAGGGGUGUCAAGCAGAGGAUUGCUCAAGCGUCAAGUUUGACCUCAACCCUAAGAACUAUUUCUCAUGCACUGUUGGUAGGGAACACUCUGUAGCACAAUACAAUCUUGAGGGAACAAAUGAAGUUGUGUCCCUACUCCAAGAUCUUGCAGCAGCAGCUGCUCCAGGUAGCAUGAGUGACCAACCAUAGCUUGUCCAUUGUUC